AGUGGAGUUGGUUGGAGUCGGGCGACUUCGUUAAAAGGAAGCGCUGAAGACGUUAAAGCUUCUUCAACGAUUCGACAAAAGUUUUGGGUUUCUUUUUUUUCCGCCGUCGACCACCAUGGACUCCGCCACAUGCUCCCGCGUUCUUCCCCAAAUCAAUCUCUCCCAUUCAGAUCGUAGAGUAUCCGCUGGUAGGUCGGGAUCUGCCUCUUUCCGUUCAUCCAGGGGAUUGAAAAUUUCGAAACAGCUCACAGUUUCAUGCUCUGCAGCGAGUGAUAAAGGAAAUGACAUGUUUGGGUUAUCACAUUAUUCUAAGAAAAACCCUGUUGGGGAAGUAUUAUGUCCGGCGGGUGUAUGCACUUAUGGUGGGACUGGUGUAGAGUCUCAUUCCCAUGUUGGGGAAGAGAAGGUUGGAGUGCUGCUUCUGAAUCUUGGAGGACCUGAGACGCUUAAUGAUGUUCAGCCGUUUUUGUUCAAUCUUUUUGCCGACCAGGAUAUCAUUCGCCUCCCAAGGUUGUUUCGGUUUCUCCAGCAACCAUUGGCGAAAUUAAUUUCUGUGCUUCGAGCCCCAAAAAGCAAAGAAGGUUAUGCUGCUAUAGGAGGUGGUUCACCAUUGCGUAAAAUUACAGAUGAGCAGGCAAAUGAACUCAAAAAGACUCUGGAAUCGAAGGACUUGCCUGUUAAUGUUUAUGUGGGAAUGCGUUAUUGGUACCCGUUUACUGAGGAAGCAGUUCAGCAAAUUAAGAAAGACAGAAUAACCAGGCUUGUGGUCCUGCCUCUAUACCCUCAGUUCUCUAUCUCUACAACUGGAUCAAGCGUUUCUGUGCUCCGGGAUAUUUUCAGGAAAGAUGCGUACCUAUCAAGGAUGCCUGUUUCUAUUAUAAACUCGUGGUAUCAACGUGAAGGCUAUCUUAAGUCAAUGGCUGACUUGAUUUCCAAAGAGCUAGAAAGUUUUUCUGAGCCUGCAGAGGUCAUGAUAUUCUUCAGUGCCCACGGAGUACCGCUCAGUUACGUGGAGGAUGCCGGAGAUCCUUACAAAGAUCAAAUGGAGGAGUGCAUCUUCUUAAUAAUGAAAGAGCUGAAAUCUAGAGGAAUCAACAAUGAACAUACCCUUGCUUACCAGAGCCGAGUUGGUCCUGUGCAAUGGCUAAAGCCCUACACUGAUGAAGUUCUUGUUGAGCUUGGCCAGAAAGGCGUGAAAAGUCUCCUAGCUGUUCCAGUCAGCUUUGUGAGCGAGCACAUAGAGACUCUUGAAGAAAUUGAUAUGGAGUACAGGGAAUUGGCCCUUGAAUCUGGCAUUGAGAAUUGGGGCCGAGUCCCUGCCCUUGGUUGUACUCCUUCGUUUAUAACAGACCUGGCAGAUGCAGUAAUAGAAGCCUUACCACUUGCAACAGCCAUGUCAACCCCACAAACUACCUCAGAAGUAGUCGAUCACGACCCCCUGAGAUACGCUAUCAAGAUAUUCUUUGGUUCCUUUUUGGCAUUUGUUUUGUUCUUCUCCCCGAAAAUGAUCAUGGCUUUCAGGAACCACCUGAUUUAAGGAAGGUAUUAAGCUUUCACAUACACAGAAAAUAGAUUACGAGUCAGAACACCACGAAGAAUCCCCCAUUCGCUUCCAAUUGAUCCUCAACUCCAUACGGAACAAGCUUUGCAGUUUCCAAGAGAUAAGUUUUGUAUUUAGCCCAUUCUUCCUAAACGUAAAUUUUUUGAUAAUGUUUUGGUGAACAUGCUUUGAUUCGUGAGGCAUAUCUUAGAUUCUACUUUGUACGUUUUGGAUGUUAUGAUUUGCACGUAAAGCUGGUUUACGAUAACUGUUUUGAGUAUAA